AAAUAGCCCAACAUGUGGGUUGCCAAAUUGCCAACCACAUUGUUAAACAAAAUAAUAAUGAUUGACAAUUUCAAAUUGUAAUUGUAUUUUAUAUUUAUAUUUGACAUUAACAGCUCAUACAAAAUAGUCCUGGUUAAUGAUUGUUGCGUAUUUCACUGGUUUAUGAGGCAUAAGUACAGAGCUAGUAUGAACAGUUGUUGUUGUAGUUGUUUUUUUCCUGUCCAUAAUCAUAAAUUGUGUAUUUACCUCCUUCCCUGGCAUCAAAAAAAGAUUUACCCGUUUUAACACGUUUUUAUAAAGUCUAUGUUUUUAACCCAGGAAAAUUAUUUUAUGCGGACAAUCUGGCAACCCAUAGACUCCAGUUCCCCGUUGGUGUGAGGAGGUACAAUGAAGGGACGAUGGCUGCCUGCAUCAGAGUAAUAUGGAUGAGAAUGACCACCUUGACAGUCGCUAUUCAUGAUGGGUCUGUUCUCCUGAACGCUUUCUUUGCCAAAACACACUAAUCUCCCUGAUUCGUCCCAUCUGUAGAGACCAAGUGUUGUGUUUGCAUCAGUCUGCUAUCUCCGUGCUAUGAUUCUAUCCACAUCAUCUCUCUUUAAUUGACCUGACCGAUAUCAGUCAUAACAUGGCCAUCACACAGUUUCGCCUUUUUAAAAUAUGCACCUGCUUGGCAUCUAUUCUGUCAUUCUUGAAGAGACUGAUUUGCAGGGCUGGAAGGUCACGCAAGCUAAGCGGGGAUCAGAUCACCCUUCCGACCACAGUUGAUUAUUCCUCUGCACCAAAACAGCCGGAGAUUGAAGAGUGGAGCUCAUGGGAUGAGGACGCUCCCACUAGUAUCAAAAUUGAAGGAGGUAACGGGAUAGUUCCCCCUCCACAGAAUGAAGCUGAAGAAGAAGAGCCAGACUACUUCAAAGACAUGGCUCCCACCAUCAGGAAAACCCAGAAGAUUGUCUUGAAGAAAAGGGAACCUCUGAAUUUCUCUAUGCCAGACAGCUCCUCAGGUUUCUCCAGCCGACUAGCUGCCACUCAGAACAUGUCCUUCAUCCAGCCCUCUGCGGAGCUGGGGGACCUUGACACCUGGCAGGAGGACACCAAUGCCUGGGAGGAUGAGGCAGAUGCAGCCUGGGAGGCAGAGGAAGUGCUGAGGCAGCAGAAGCUGGCUGAGAGAGAGAGACGUGCCAUGGAGCAACAGAGGAAGAAAAUAGAGAAAGAGGCACAGAGAAUAAUGAAAAAAGAGCAGAAGAUUGCUGUCAAACUUUCAUAACAUUAAUACAGCGCACCGGACACUCAAAGCAACAGCCAAACAACUGUUCAUAUUACAUUUGACCUGGUUUUGUCCUGCACACCAUACUACUGUCUUCAUCUCUUUGGGAUAUCCAUCGGCCACAUUAGGGAUUUUUGUUUUGUAUUUUAUUUUGGGGGGUUUUUCUUUUUUGUAUUGGACUGAACACAGCACAAAGAAUCUUCCCUUAUGUUUAAUGAGAUGUUGUGACUGUUCUUACUGUGCACUUGAGGAAAGAUCGUGUUUUUCUGUCAGUAUUUAUAACACUUGAAUGAUUUCCAGAAAAACAUAUCAUAUUUGUUUUUGUUUUUUUGCCUUUUCCCCCACCUGUUUUUCUUCAUCAAAGUCUUGUGCUUGAAACACUGGACCUGAUAUUGGGUGAUAUCUCAAUAUUUCAGAAUAAUCAAAUUUAUGCAACCUUGGGUUUUCGCUCGCCACUUUCUGUUUCGCUGUCUUUCUAAUCUGUUACAAUUCUGUUUACCUGAUAAUCAUGGGCUUACUUGUGAAUAAUCUUUUACGACCUUACAGUUUGAUCUUGAUUUUUCCAAAGACAGAAAUUUGAGGCAAGGAAUUCAUAUUUGUCAGUGUGAAUAGAGAGCAGAGAUAUUCAGUAUGUAACUGAGGCUCAAAGAAACCGCUUUUAAGAGACGUGGGUUGGUCGUUAUGGAAACUCUGGAAUUUGUAAAAUAUCCAAAUUGGCAACUGAACCAUAUUUUAUCUUUAGUAAGAAAAAAUAUUGACAGUUUAUUUUAAAGCAGUUUCACCAGGAGAACGGCUUGUCUUUUGCUAUUAAAACAUUUCUUAUCUCUUGAAUAUAAAUUGAUCAUGUUUAUUGAUACAACGAGGAUGAUGAUGAUGAUGGUGGUGCUGAAAUAAACUUCUGCAUAAUGUGAUUAUAAAGGAACAUAAAGCCAUGAGAGCCACAGGUACAGAUAUUGAAAAUCUGAAUAAAAUCACACUUUUAGCUAUGAUUUAUGUCCCCAGCUCAUGCAUGCUCAUGCCUUUUUAAGUUGUUUUUACAAUUUUUCACGGUACGUCCUUAGCUGUAAUAAACAUUUCAGUUAUCGCUUCAAUGGUUCAUUUUAACUGGAGGCUUCAAGGUUCUUCUACUGUAAUUUCUGCACCAAAGUAAAAAGAAAGUCAUUGGGUCUCUGAACAUAAUUAGGAAUACAAGACUUUAUUCGAUCUGUUAGUAUCCAGACUAGUUCAGUCAGCAUCAUAGAGCUGCCUCUGGAAUACAUGUGCUAUUAUUUGUGAUAUUCAAGGUCAGACGCAUUGUCCGGACCGGAGGAAUAUUCCAGCUCUGAGAUUAUGAUGUCAUAAUCCCCAUCUGCCUCAGCAACGCCCCCCGGCCAACCAACCAACCCUCCCACAGCUUUACCCACCUAGACGAGAGAGGAAAAUAAACCAUGACUGAAAUAUACAUUACAUGCUGUCUUCUGCAGCUAUGCGCAUCUUUAUCACACCGGACUUCAUGUUUUUCACAUGAGUUUGUCUCUGUAAUCAAGAUUUUUGGACCAUGUUCAUUAAAUAAAAUGUAUGUGUUCAUUAAAUAAAAAAUAUAUAAACACUGUUCAAAGAUUC